UUUCUGCGCGUGCGGCUUACUGUGAGGCAAUCCAAGAUGGCGGCGCCAUUGGAGGUGGUUCUGAGCAGUGAUUCGAGCUCGCAGCUGUGGAACAGCACCGUGUUCGACUUACACAGCGGGUCCAGCCUGCUGUCCUAUCGUGGAGGGAACAGCUCGGCCCGGACGCUGUGCGUCCUAAACGGCGAAUACCUGGUGUCGGCUCAGCUGGGCAAGAACUUCAUUAACGUGUGGGAGAUCCAGAGGAAGGACCAGCUGCAACAGAAGAUUGUGUGUCCAGGUGUGGUCACCUGUGUGAGCGCCUCUGCCGACGGCCUUUUUUUGGCAGCUGGUGUUGCCGAGGCUGUUUACUUGUGGGAGGUGCCCACAGGCAAGCUGCUUUCCGUUGUCACUCGUCACUAUCAGGAUGUCACCUGUGUCAAGUUCACUGAUGAUAGCAGCCAUUUUGUGUCUGGAGGAAAGGACAGUGUUGUUCUGGUGUGGAGUGUGAGUAGUGUGAUCCAGGUGGACUUAAGCCACGCCCCCGAGCCACGUCACAUCCUGUCUCGUCAUUCUCUACCAAUUACAGACCUCCACUGUGGCAUGAUGGGACCUCAGGCCCGAGUUGCCACUGCGUCUUUGGACCAAACUGUCAAGCUGUGGGAGGUAUCUUCAGGUGAGCUGCUCCUCUCGGUCAUCUUUGAUGUGGAAAUCAUGUCUGUGACCCUUGACCCGUGCGAGUACUUUCUGUUCUGUGGCGGCAGUGAUGGGAGCAUCUUUCAGGUGUCCCUUUGCACUCAGGGAAUCACGCGAGACAAAUCCUUCCAGUGCGAUGCUGACGGAAACCGGACCUUCAAAGGACACAGGAAUGUGGUGACCUGCCUGUCAGUGUCCAUGGACGGGACUCUUCUCGUGUCAGGGUCACAUGAUGAGUCGGUGCGACUCUGGGACAUUCAAAGUAAACAAUGUGUUCGCUGCUUUGCUCACAAAGGUCCGGUGACAAAUGCCUUUGUCAUGGUGGCUCCUGCCAACAUGUUUCUACCGGACUCACGACCCUCAGUCCCCCUGCCGCGCUUUAGCCGCCACCUGCUUGAGAGUGACGGCGGUGAGUCGGGAGAAGUGUGCGUCCGCCUCGGACUCCACACUCAGGAGGAGGAGGAGACAUAUCUGCAAAAAGCUGAUAAGCUCAAGUCAUUAAUGAAUGCCGUGACUGACAAGUCGCUGUUCGGAGAUGGCGAAAACACCAAAGUGCGAGUGGCCGAGCUGGAGGAGGAAGUUCAAACUCUGAAGAAAGUCAACAAAGAUUUGUAUGACUUUUCCAGUCAGCUGCUAACAAAAUCCACGUGAACGCACCAAGUGACUGUUGCUUCUUUUUUGUUUGGUUCAUUUUUUAAUAACGUAUUUUUUACAAACUGACAAUAAAACACAUCAAGAAGUAAAAGUAUCAAUG